AUGUCACCCCAACUUCGACCCGACCGCCACGACGGCUCCGACAAUGUCGAUACGUGCAGCCCAACUUCGCCUCGCUCGCCGCUCGCCGCGCCUGGUAUACCCAUGUUGGAACACAAACACCCUCCACUCAACUUUGCGCGUCGCCAUCAUGUCGUAGUGCCCCGCCACGGGGAGCCCGGCUACAACCACUACAAAGCCUUGCAGAAAGUCGCAUUCACCAACGCCGUCCGAGAACUGGAAAGGGAGCUUGGGUCGCGGAGCAACGUGGAAUACCUUGAGAUGCAGAACAAGACGCUGAUUGUGCGACUCUACAGCCAAAGCAAGCUAUCCCAGCAGGAGCUGGCUGACCUCCAGAAAGCGACACACUUUGACAAGAAAGAGCUACAACAAUGGUACAAGGGCUUCCUCAAGGACUGCCCGUCCGGCAUGCUCACCAAGGACGAGUUCCAGAAGAUCUACAAGCAAUUCUUUCCAUUCGGUGAUCCCUCGUCAUUUGCAGAUUACGUCUUCAAUGUAUUCGACGCAGACAAGUCAGGAACCAUAGACUUUAAGGAGUUCAUUUGCGCCCUCAGUGUCACUAGCCGCGGCAAGAUGGAGGACAAGCUGGAUUGGGCAUUCCAGCUGUACGACAUUGACGGCGACGGCAAGAUCAGCUACGAAGAAAUGCUCGCGAUUGUAGAAGCCAUCUACAAGAUGGUCGGCUCCAUGGUCAAGCUUCCCGAAGACGAAGACACACCCGAGAAACGCGUCAAGAAGAUCUUCAGGAUGAUGGACAAGGAUGAGAACGGCAGCCUGGACAUGGCCGAGUUCAAGGAGGGUUCCAAGCGCGACGAGACCAUUGUUUCGGCGUUAUCUCUCUAUGAUGGGCUUGUCUGA